AUGUUGGUAGAAGAGGUACCCAAGACUUCUGCUCAGAAGGGAUCCACUGUUUACUUCACGUCCAGUGUCAAUCUAACGGCCAGGCCGCCCUCGUAUCAGGAUAGACUAGGCAGCUCGAACCUUGGCAGCUCGAUCAGCAAUGAAAGCAGUGGCAACAACAAUGAAAACGGCAAUGGUGCUGGAGGAGAUGGGAGUUCCAGUAAUAACGGAUCGAGUAGUAACCGAUUUGCCAAAAGUCGACCUAAAAUUAACUAUAACCUUAACCAUUUAAUGAAUGCACAAACAUCAGUUAACGAUGCCAGUAAUGCCACUAAGGGUCAGUUGAAGUCGGCGCAACAGAUACAAAUCGAAAGAUUGAUUAGUAGACGCAUAGGAGAAUUGAAUAAAGAAAACAACGGUAGUAUGUCGAAUUUCGAGAUACCCAAAAACUUUGCAGAUUCACGUAAUGGCACGCUUGGUGGUGAUAAAAAGAAAGCAAGACUAGGAAACACGCCGCUGACGAAGAAAAUUCUAGCUGCAAGAAGAAACUUGGCGCUGUACUUUGAAGAAGAGAGGAAUGUGCUUAAUAUAAAUACGAUCUUGAGUUUAAACUACCAGUUUGUGGACGAAUUAGAGCCCAUGCUGGUGGAAUCCUCAGCAAAGAGACAGAGGUUGAGUAGAUCGUUAGUCAAGCCAAAGGUGAAGCUCUGCUGCAUAUGUGGAGGGAACUCAGGGUAUGCUAGAUGUGAAGCUUGUGGGUUAUUCAGCUGCAGUGUACGGUGUAAUAAGUUGCACUUAGAGCUGAGAUGUGUGUGA